AUCUCUGAUAGCAGCAUGGAGUAGCAGUUGGAGAAGACUGUAAACACAGGCUUGGACGCAAACUGCACUAAAGAGAAGACAGACUCUUUAACACGCCAGGACACUGCAGGAAGAAGGGAAAAAUAACAACUCGACAUUACAAACAACAGUCAACUCAAUCCAAGAUAACUGAGGGGAUAAUCCUCCAAUCCCCCCCUAAAGCAGAGGAGGACGGAGUCUUGUGUCUACGAGAUUAAACACUAUUUUGCAAUUAUAAAACAUGGCUACAUUUACGUGCCUGAGCUGUCACGUGGCUUUCAGUGAUGGUGAUGGGCAGCGCGAUCACUUCCGAUCUGAUUGGCAUCGUUACAACUUGAAGAGGAAGGUGGCAGAGCUUCCUCCUGUGUCGAGAGAGACUUACAAUGAACGUGUUGCCCAGAGUCAACCCCAGCAGACCACAUCUAUCGCUCUCAAGAAAAUACCUUGCAGACCAUGCAAGAAAACCUUUACCAAUCAGAAUGCCUAUGACAAUCACAUGAAAUCAAAGAAACACAUGGAGGUCGUCAUUUCACAUGCUGAAGAAACAAAUAACAAAAAGAAUAUGCAUCACCAUGCCAACCACAAGCAAGAGGAAGCUGAUGAGGAAGAUGAUGAAGAUAUGGAGAUUGAGGAGGUAGAUAGCGAUGAAUGGGAAGGGGAGGCGAUAGAGUUACUCGAUUGUCUGUUUUGUUCCCAUCACUCCAACACGCUGGAGGAAGAGUUGCAUCAUAUGACGGAGAAGCAUUCUUUCUUUGUUCCUGACCUGGAGUUUUGUGUUGAUGUGGCAGGCCUCAUCACUUACCUAGGUGAAAAGAUUGGGUGUGGGUUUGAGUGCCUCUCUUGCAAGUGGUCUGCUCGGCGCUGUCCGACACUCGACUCCAUACGCAAACACAUUAUAGACAAAAGUCAUUGUAAACUGGUGCUGGAAGGUGACAGUUUGGUAGAGUUUGCAGAAUUUUACGACUAUUCUUCAUCUUACCCAGAUGCGGGAGAGGGAGCCGGACCUGAUGAUGAAGUACAGCAAGCUGUGAUCCCAGGAGAUGGGUUUGAACUGGUGCUGCCCUCUGGAGCUACUGUGGGCCAUAGGUCUCUCUGUAGAUAUUAUCGGCAAAAGAUAGAUCCAAAUCGGCAGGCGGUUGUUGUCAAGAAGAAGUCUGGUGCAGCUUUCCACAGUGUCAUGUCCAAAUAUCGGGCGCUGGGCUGGAAUGGUGCUACAAGAGCAGAUAUUGUGAGGAAAUCACGAGACCUGCAGUUCAUGGUGAAGAUGCAGAACAAGCACAACAUGAAGCUUGCAGUCAAGGGCAACAAGCUGUUUAAGCCAAGACCCCAGAAUCCAAUUUAAGUCACAGCCAAUUUUUUUUUAUGUAUUAUAUAUUGUGGACUCUUUUGUUUCUUUGUGUAAUUCAUAAGGAUCAUGAAGGAAUUAAAUUUUUUGUCUGUGAUAUCAUGGUUUCUAACAAACAUAAUGCGCUGAAUAUUGUAUAAUUUUCCUACAGGCCCAUUUACAUAGUCUUUACAGAAUACGUAGAUGAUGUAUACAACACAUUGUUUAUAUACUAUAUUCAUUGUCAGUUAACUUUCUAUUGUCUUUUCCAAAGUUAUGGUUAGAGCCCCUGUUAGAAAAGAACUUGAAAUCCAAGGAUGUAAAUUGUUAUGCUCAACUAUUUGUCAACCUUGGUUAAUCGUGGAACUAGAUUUGCAUACUGUAACUUAGUUGCCACCAAUUUUAAGAUGCAGUUUUUGUUUAAGAACAUACGUGUACCCCUUUUGUGCUAUAUAUAGCUGGAACAUGCAUUAAAGUGUCCCAAAAUAAUAGAUUUAUUGGUAAAUAUUUAUAAACUUUUUGAUGGUAGUAGAUGUGUUGAUUACUAAUUGUUCUGGGGAGCCAUCCACCCUAAACCCUAAAGGAAGUUAAUUGCCACAGCAAUGUUUCUGUAAACUAAUAUUUUCAUGGCAAACCCCAAGAGGAGUAAGUAUAUACAGUACCGGUAUUAGAGAAUAAAUAGAGGCUGCUGUUGACAUAGUACAGAAUAAGGAAAAGUAGGCAUGGAAAUAUCAAAUUUUAGAGACUAUAACUGUGUGAAUUGUCAAGGGAAAAAAGUUUAUUAUAUUGUAUCAUUUUCUCCACAGAGGACAUGGGAAAAUAAGUGAUGUGUACUUGGAAGAGUUUUAUUUCCCUGUAGGAAAACUAUAAUUAUUUGUUAUAAAAUGCUGAAUAAAUACUGUAUUUUU